AUGCACAGAAAUCACCCGUCGGGAAUCAGUUUUUACUACGAUGAAGACAAUGCCCAAAUACAGCUUGUAUAUAACAAAUCAGAACAUAUACCACUUAAAGAUUUUGCAGCUGAAGUCAGAGGUGGAAAAGAUAUAAAAGAAUUCAUUUACAGCGCUAUUGUUUUAUUGGAUGCUCCGGAUACAAGUAUUUGGAACUUGAUGGAAAUAAUGAUUAGAAAAAUAAUGAAUACACCCAAUAGUACAACAACGGCACAUCGAGAAAAUUUAAAUAUUGAAGAAAUAAAACAAUCACUGUUUGUCAAUGAUCGAGGUAUCCAUUUUAUCCUAGUGUAUAAUAACUUUGAUUAUAAUAAUUCAUUAUUUUUAGUUCAAAUAUUAUCAAAAACGUUACAAGCUACAACUGCUACAGAAACUAAUUGGACAUACGAUCAAUCUUGGUUAGCCAUAAUGUCCACAUCACCUUCUGUUCAACGACGACAUGUAGCUAUAGCUAGACUGAAAAAUCCAUGUAAUUUUGGUAGAAAUUGUCAAGAAGCAAGGUUUAUCGUCUUCAUUUUAUCUCCAAUGAAAGAGAAAGGUACAAAGAACUUUCUUGAAACUGGACGAACAUUUGCCACAAUUUUUGCUGAUAUCGAGCUAAGAGCCAAAUUGCUUAAAGCCGCUACUCAACAAGAAUUUAUAUCAAUCAUAGACAAACAUACAGAUGGUUUAAUGGAACAACAACAAAUAUCUGCUGCCAAUCGUGAUGCUGUUCAAGAUCAACUAGAAGAUAAUAACACAAAUACUGACGUAAAAUCAAUUUCCGUUAUUAUUAAUACUGAUUAUAAGAUUGAUUUAUUUUAUUUUUGUGUACCAGAAGCUGUUGUUUCUCAAUGUUUAGGUGGUAUAUUCUUCGCCGUAUUUGGAGGACAACCGUUAAUUGUUGUUAUGACCACAGCUCCAUUGACCAUUUAUGUUAAAGUAAUUUAUACAAUUUCUUCAUGGUAUCAACUAAAUUUUCAUGAUAUAUACGCAUUAGUUGGUCUAUGGAAUUCAUUUUUUCUUAUUUUAUACUCAUUUUUUGGACUAAGUAAAAUAAUGAAAUGGUCAACAAGAUCAACGGAAGAAAUUUUUGCUCUAUUUGUCUCAAUUGCAUUUGUUGUUGAUGCUGGUAAACACGUUCAUACGAAUUUCUCGACGAACUAUGAAACAACUGCAUGCGAAAAACAUGAUGAAUAUUGGCGAAAUAAACGAUUGAAUAAAACAGAAAAUGUAACAGAUUAUUAUUUGAAAGAACAAUGCUCCAGAGACUCAAGUUUACUGUAUUUAUUGUUGACACUUGGAACGGUUUGGACUGGUACAUUUUUGUACAAAUUUAAACAAACACCCUAUUUAAAUUCUGCCAAACGAGAACUACUUGCUGAUUAUGCAUUACCAGUAUCCGUAAUACUUAUGACAUUAACGGGUAGUCUUUUAUUUAAGCAGAUUAAUUUUCAAUCUUUUUCCGUUGCGCGUGAACAUCCUUUCUCAUUGGCACGAUUUAAAUCUGUCACAUUUCUACAAAUUAUAUGUACAGCUAUACUGGGAUUUUCUCUAUCGUUAUUGAUAUUUCUCGAUCAAAAUAUUGCCGGUGCUAUAGUUAAUUCGCCUUCGAACAAACUGAAGAAAGGAAAAGCAUUUCAUAUUGAUUUAUUUGUUAUUGCUAUUUUAAAUGGACUCUUAUCAUUGUUCGGAUUAACAUGGAUGCAUGGAGCACUUCCAUUAUCUCCUUUACAUGUUAAAGCUUUGGCGGAUACUGAAGAAAGAGUUGAAAGUGGUCAUAUUCAAUCAGUCAUUGUCAAAGUUCGUGAAACUCGUGUUACAAUUCUUAUUUCACAUGCACUUAUCGGCGCUACAUUAUUAGUGGGUGAAGUAUUGAAAAAAAUACCAACACCUGUCUUAGAUGGACUAUUUUUAUAUUUGGCAUUAACAUCACUUGAUGGUAAUCAAUUUUUUGAACGUGUUUCAUUAUUUUUUACUGAACAAGCUGCAUAUCCACCCAAUCAUUAUAUUCGUCAAGUUCCACAACGUAAAAUGCAUUUAUUUACCAUGUUACAAAUUGUACAACUUGUUAUUCUGUGUGCAAUCGGUUUUUCACCAAUAAUCUACACAAAGUUAGCAUUACCAUUGUGGCUAGUAUUGAUGGUCGCUUUCAGAUACAAAUUACUUCCAAAAAUUAUUGCAACCAAGUAUCUUCGAGCACUUGAUCAACGUUUAUAG